UCAUGUCAACUUUGUCAAUUCACUAAUGCCAAAGUCAAAACCUAAUUAGAAUACCUACUUAGUAAUUGUUGCUAAAUAUUGUAAAACGAUUAAAUAAGAACGUUGUUGAGAGUAAUAUAUGUGUUUGUUUUAAAUCUAUAUAUAUUUAGAAAUGGCUUCAUUCCACAAGAUCAUAGUCAUAGUUGGGUUUAUAUCACUUUUCCAUUCAGCAUUCUCAGCAGCACAACAUCGAUCAUAUCUUCGAAUAACAUCGCAAGAAUUUACAACAUUGCCUUUAGAUAUCGUAGUGCAAGCAGUUGUCAGCCUUUUUGCAGUAAUGUGGGGAGUUCUAAAUGUAGCUGGAAACCUUCGAGAGAUCCAUGCAGCAGCAGAAAUGAAUCAAGUUUGCUGGGAAACACAGCAAAACAUUCCUUCAUUUUACAUAUUCAAUCAUAGAGGGAAAGCACUGGCGUACAAUUACGUACCGAGCUUAGGGAAGGCAGAACUAGAAAAUUUAGAAUAGUUUAAAUUAUUAAUUGUGUUGUCUGUUCCCACCAAUCUCUGAAUCAGACAGCUAAUUGUAAACUCAUUAUAUAGCAAUGUGAUAUGACAUUUAAGCAGGAUAAUGUUGCAUGUCUUGUACAGCUAUAAACAUUACACAUCAAGGGAUGAAAGAUAUAAAAUACUUUGCAGUAAAUAUUGUACAUAAGAAUGAAAACACUGAUGGUAGGGUAUUUGUAUUCAUUAUAGCAAUCACCUUAAACAAGGUGUAAAAGAACAGUUUUAUAUGUAUCACAGUUUGUACUAUAAGCCUGUUUUUAAUAUGUAGACAUUGGUUUUAAUUUCAUAUAUGUACUUUAAUAUAACCUAAAUGAAUUAAUUAUUACUCUAAAUUAUGAUGUAUGUGUGUAUCGUAUAUGCAAUUUCGAACAAGCCUACACUGUCAACCACUGAGGGAGGGAACACUCUCUGGACCCCAUUUAGCUUACCAUUAGGUGUAGUUGGGUCUCUUUGCUGUACCCACUAAAAAAAAACAUAUAAGUCUAUCUCUCACACCUAUAUUUUGUUGCCGGCUUGCUGAUUCUCCUUGUGUAAUAUUUACUGCCAAGUACUAUAAAUGUGUUUGCCAUUCGAGGUCUACUUAGAGUACUGGAAACAAGCAUUAAUCAGUUUAGUUAUAAGAAUAAGUUGUUACACAAAGAAAAUGUUAUUUAUUUCAUGAGGUAUUUGGUUCAGUUAUCGAUUCAAUUGUAUUACACAUUUUUUUAUAUAA